GUGAUGUUUUGUGUUCUGCUUUCUCUGCAGACGUCGGCUGAUCUCCCAGCGAUCUUCUCUGGAGACUCUGGAGGACAUCGAGGAAAACGCCCCACUGCGGAGAUGUCGGACACUCUCAGGAUCACCCAGACCAAAGAACUUUAAGAAGGUUCAUUUUAUCAAGAACAUGCGGCAGCACGAUACCAGAAACGGCAGAAUAGUCCUUAUCAGCAGCAGAAGAUCCUUCUGUAGCAUAUUUUCAGUGCUGCCAUAUCGAGACUGUACCCAAGUCGGGGACAUGAAGCUGGAUGGUGGACGCCAGUGCCAUUCUACUGGAGUGUGUCUGAAAGAAAUAAUUGGUCUUGAAGGUGUGGAGCUCGGAGCAGAUGGGAAGACGGUUUCUUAUACACAGUUCCUAUUUCCCACCAAUGCCCUGGGAACUCGGAGGAACACAAUAGACUCCACCUCAUCUUUCUCCCAAUUUCGCAAUGCAAGCCAUCGUAGCCUUUCUUUGGGAAGAGCUAACAGCACCCAGGGGAGCAUUGAUGCAGGUAGCGACCUGGGAGACUUUGUUGAAUAUGACCCAAAUCUUUUAGAUGAUCCCCAGUGGCCAUGUGGCAAACAUAAGCGGGUUUUAAUAUUUCCUUCAUAUAUGACCACGGUCAUAGACUAUGUGAAGCCAUCAGAUCUCAAGAAGGACAUGAAUGAGACCUUUAAGGAGAAGUUCCCUCACAUCAAGCUAACCCUCAGCAAGAUAAGAAGCUUGAAGAGAGAAAUGCGCAAGCUUGCUCAAGAAGAAUGUGGUUUUGAAGAGCCCACAGUAGCCAUGGCCUUUGUCUACUUUGAGAAGCUCGCUCUCAAGGGGAAGCUGAACAAGCAGAAUAGAAAGCUUUGUGCUGGAGCUUGUGUUCUUUUAGCAGCCAAAAUUGGCAGUGACCUCAGAAAACAUGAAGUCAAGCAUCUUAUAGAUAAACUGGAAGAGAAGUUCCGGCUGAACAGGCGAGAGCUGAUUGCCUUCGAGUUCCCGGUGCUGGUGGCCCUGGAGUUUGCUCUGCACCUGCCCGAGCACGAGGUGAUGCCACACUACAGACGCCUGGUGCAGAACUCCUAGCGCCAGCUGCCGCCGGGGAAGGGGCUCCCGACUGUUCCCGCUUGGCUCUCCCAAGCCGCAGUUACUACUGGAAAUGCAAAAUCAGACUCCUAACACUUCACACUCUCUCCCCCCACCCCCAAACAGUUUUUCUGGCUACAGGAAAUACUGCGUUGACUCUUGGCUUUGACGAAUUUAUGUAUCGUUACUUUCUCAAAGCAGGUGAAGACUGAGCUGUUGGUGAAUGGUUCAAGUGCUGAAACUGGGUGGCAACUGACCCUACCUGUAGGGACUACAGCUAUAAAAGUAGGCAAAAAUUAGAAGGGCAGCCUCCAUGACCACCCCUCUCUCCAUCACACAAACCCUGGAAGCCCACUGAGUGCAUUCUCGUAGCGCUUUUUCUACAGACCUGCUGCAAAUUCCAAGAGAACUUCUUGAAGUGAAAAAGCUUUUAAAGAAGAUAUCUUCACUGUGUCAAAAAGAAUGUGCCAAUCUAUUUUUGUAUCAGCAAUUGAAAGUGCACUUUUUCCUGUGGGGUAUUUGUGUGUGUAUCCGUGUGUGUGUGUGUGUGCGACACCGAACUGAUCUCAGUCCAGGUGGUUGGCUUAGCUGUUUCCAAGUGUAUCAGUUACUGAUGGUGAAGAUCAAGGUGACCUUACACGUUUACUCCUUGAAAAACGUAACUACUGGAAAAGUGGUAAAUGGGAUCAUUUUUGGACACUUGGGUUUUUUUAUUCUCUGAUCUUUCCAACAUUGUACCUUUGAAAGGAUUACACUACUACUACUGCUGGAGAAGGAUCAGCAAUUGACCUUAAGUUUUCAGUCAUGUUUGUGGUAAAGAUGAAAGCAUUAGUAUAAGAUUUCCGUGUCAUGUUUUUUAAAAAUAUCUUGUGUUAAGCCACAUGCAUAUUUUUAACCUUCGCACUUUUCCCACUGUGGAGAUGGUUAGACUUGCACUCUGUAGUGUUGUAUUUCUGUGCUCUAUGUUAGAGUGCGUAAUAAGCACAUUUAUUGUGCUUUAUGUUAAAACAGUGUUUUAUUAAAAAAAAAAGUGUAGGGCUCAGCAGUUAACGGGUGUCUUAAGGCUCCAACAGCAGGGGCAUCAGCCAUUAUACUUUUGGAUUUUUAAUUAGGAUUGACUGUGCAAAACCUAAAAUCUGUGCCCAUUGAGAUUCAGUUCCUUUAGACACUGCAGUGCUGGAGUUUUAUGGUAAAACUUCUUGCAGCCUCCCUGGUUCUGACUGGACACCCAGAAAGCUUGAAGGCUUUAUCCAAGCUCCUGAUGUUAUAUCCACACUAAGCUAAUGCCAUGCUGAUGGAUAUUGUUGAGUUGCUGUUAUCAUGUGGGAUUCCACCCCUGUCCAAUCUUCUCCUGUGCUGGUUCACUUAACAAGCCUUGUCCUCAACAUGCCCCGCAUGGAUCUGCUAAAGUCAAGUUAUUACAUUUGUGGUAAUUACAAAACAAAUAAUAGUCUCAGCUGUGAGAUUUCAGCUGAAGCCUUACCUCUCUAAGUUUGGGAAUGCUUGCUCAGAGUAUGAAAAGGGCUGGUGAGCAGGACAUGGAGAAGUGGGACAUAUCAGAGGAUGCAAACACACUAAUGCUUACUUUCUUUCACUCUUACUUUAAUCAGUUUUAUUACUUCCUUCAGUUAAGCCAGGAAACAUCCAGUUUCUUUACCAGCUUUGACUCCUUUAAAUUCUAGUAUGAAAAAAGCCUGCAUAUAAUUGCUCUACAGGAUCUAGAAAGGUUACACGUCAGGACAAAUGGGAAUUUGUUUGAUGCUAUUGCUCUCCCCCUUUUCUAAAGGGGAGGGUGACCAUGCUAGCUUACAGUUAUUAGUAAUACUUACCUGAUUACUGAUGUAGAUACAUUCCAACAGGACUGGGGAGGAGGGGGUAAAGAGAAAAGUGUGCACUUAAACCUUCCCAGAAUAAUGUCCCAUGUCGCUGCAACCCACGCGUCACUCAGCCAGCUGCAAAGUGAGGGGAGUGAGGACAAUGUUACUCCUUCCUCCUCCUUCUCCUCCUUCCCCUGGCCCCCACACAGCCCAGGAGCACUGGAGCAAAGAGCCCGGAGGGCACCUGGAGCCUGUGGCUGCCUUGCUGGUUUAUUCAGACCAAAAAGGCAGUGGGUGUAGUUUGGACCUACAAUCUAAAACAGCCUGUGGGUCAGCUAGGAGGGCUUUCACCCUUGGCCAUGUCCCUUUCCACCCAAAUUGUGUAUAUACAUUCAAGAUUUGUUUCUGAUUGUGGACAUCUGUUUCUAA